GACACUGGUAACCUCUUGCAUUGUGAAAGAGUACUGGCAGAAGGGUGAAAAAUGGGUGUAAAAACAUUUACUCAUAACUCGCCUGCCCACAGCCAGGAGAUGCUUGGCAAGUUAAACAUGCUUCGCAAUGAUGGGCAUUUCUGCGACAUCACCAUUCGUGUGCAGGACAAAAUCUUCAGGGCACAUAAGGUGGUUUUGGCAGCCUGCAGUGACUUCUUUCGCUCCAAGCUUGUUGGUCAAGCAGAAGAUGACAGCAAGAGUGUGUUAGACUUGCAUCAUGUGACAGUAACUGGCUUUAUACCCCUUCUGGAAUAUGCAUACACAGCAACACUAUCUAUUAACACAGAAAAUAUUAUCGAUGUGUUGGCUGCGGCCAGCUAUAUGCAGAUGUUCAGUGUUGCCAGCACAUGUUCAGAGUUCAUGAAGUCAAGCAUUUUAUGGAAUACACCCAACAGCCAGCAAGAAAAGGUGCUUGAUGGAGGACAAGAAAGCAGUGCAAACUGCAAUUUUGCCUCUCGAGAUGGCAGCCUUUCUCCAGUUUCCUCCGAAUGCAGCGUGGUGGAAAGAACCAUUCCCGUGUGCCGAGAGUCCCGAAGAAAACGUAAAAGCUACAUAGUCAUGUCUCCUGAGAGUCCACUUAAGUGUAACACACAGACAAAUUCCCCACAAGUGCUGAAUCCUUCAGCUUCCUACCCAGAGUCCAGAAAUCAGCCUGUAGACUCUUCCUUAGCUUUUCCUUGGACUUUUCCUUUUGGAAUUGAUCGAAGACUUCAGUCUGACAAGGUGAAGCAAGUAGAGAAUUCUAGGACUUUAGAAAUGCCUGGUCCAUCUGAGGCAGCCAGAAGAAUUACUGAUUAUGUGACUUGUGAGAGCACAAAGGCCAGUUCACCUCUUGUGAUUGAAGAAGAUGUGCGUGUCAAAGUGGAAAGGUUAAGUGAUGAGGAGGUUCAUGAGGAAGUGUCACAGCCUGUCAGUGCAUCCCAGAGCUCUCUGAGUGAUCAACAGACAGUCCCUGGAAGUGAACAGGUUCAGGAAGAUCUCCUGAUCAGCCCGCAGUCUUCCUCUAUAGGUUCAAUAGAUGAGGGGGUCACUGAAGGAUUACCCACACUCCAGAGUACCUCUGGCGCUAAUACUCAUGCAGAUGAUGAUGAUCGUUUGGAGAACGUUCAGUAUCCCUAUCAACUCUACAUUGCUCCUUCUACCAGCAGCACAGAGAGACCCAGCCCAAAUGGCCCAGAUAGACCUUUUCAGUGUCCGACCUGUGGGGUCCGAUUCACCCGCAUUCAGAAUUUAAAACAGCACAUGCUCAUCCACUCAGGCAUUAAACCAUUUCAGUGUGACCGUUGUGGGAAAAAGUUCACCCGAGCUUACUCGUUAAAGAUGCAUCGCCUGAAGCACGAAGGUAAACGCUGUUUCCGGUGCCAGAUAUGUAGUGCCACUUUCACUUCCUUCGGGGAAUAUAAACACCACAUGCGGGUUUCCCGGCAUAUUAUCCGCAAGCCUCGGAUUUACGAGUGCAAAACAUGUGGCGCCAUGUUCACCAACUCUGGAAAUUUAAUCGUUCACCUGCGGAGUCUGAACCAUGAAGCAUCAGAGCUAGCAAACUACUUCCAGAGCAGUGAUUUCCUAGUACCGGACUACUUAAACCAGGAACAAGAAGAGACCCUUGGGCAGUAUGAGCUAGGAGAGCAUGGUUUUGAAAGCAACUCCUCAGUCCAAAUGCCUGUCAUUUCACAGGUCUCGUCGACUCAGAAUUGUGAAAGCACUUUCCCCUUGGGGUCUCUGGGUGGGUUGGCAGAGAAGGAGGAAGACGUGCCAGAGCAGCCAAAGACUAAUGCCAGUGCUGAGGCAGCCACAGGUGACCCCCCGAAAUCGGAGCUGUCAUCAAUUACUAUUGAAUAAUUCUUGGUUUGGUUACAUAUUUGUUCUUUGGAAAGUGCCUGUGUUUGGUCCUGUACAUUUUAAUUUAAUUUUUUAAAAUGAAAGUGGGGAGAUUUUCCCUUUUUACUUUGUAAGCUACACUUUAAACAGAAAACUGCAACAGAUUUUACAUUAUUUUUCAUGACUGAAUAAUCACUUCUGUGAAAAUACUUAAGACUGAAUGCACAAAAAGAUCCUGACAGAACUUCAUAGAAACUGUGAUACACUUCUAAAGAAGAACCAACCAAUUCGAAUAACUUUUAAUCGUUUCUCUUUCCGCAGUCAGUACAGCUCAUUAAGUUUCUCAUGCUUCUGCAGACCCUCUGGUAAAAUGGAAAAUAAAACAAAACAGAGGACAUUGUUUUAAAAUGGCAAACACAAGGACGCAUUGGAAAUCAGUUGCUAAUCACUUUUAACUAAGUUAUGAGUGGACAUUUUAAUCCUUAUUUUAUAAUAUGACACUUCCCAUCUUUGUGCCUGCUGUUUUUCAAAGCGCUUACUGUAGCUCCCUUUUUGGGGGUAUGGUAAGCAUUUCUGAAAGUCCCAGUACCACCCUAUUAAAAAUGCAUUGUCCCUGUUACAAUCUCUGAAUCAGUUUUGACAAAUUCAGUUCUGUCAAGCCAGGUACUCCUACUUAAGAUAUUCCACUCUUUUUAGAAACUGCUCAUUCAAACAGCCUACCCAAAUUUGCUUAUAUGGGGUAAGGCAUAGAAAUAUUCUGUCAGGAAACAGCUAAUGAUGCAUAAUGAAUUGGAGGUGAUUGAAAGGUAUUAAAUCCAUUCAAACCUGACAAAUAUCUCAUUACUGUGUCUUGUGAUAAAGGGAGCCACGUUUGAAAAAAUGAAAGUUUUCCCAACUAAAAUUCUUAUACCUUACCUAGACUGUUGCAGUCUUAGACACUUUCCUUUAUUGCAUUCACUAUGUUUCUUUUUCACUAAUCUCCAAGUGCUGGUUAGAGAGAGUUUACGGAAGGGAAAAAAUGAGAUCUUCUGUGUUAUUGUACACUUUUAUGUUUAUACAUAUGCAUGUAUACUUUCUGGGACUUUUAUUAGCCUAUUUUGGACAAAACAAGCAAUUUAUUCACUUUAGAGGCCAACUUUCUAACCCAACAGGGGGUUGUUUACAAAAAGCCUAUAUAGCAAUGAUAAAUUGUUCCUGUUCCAAAACAUUUUAAACCCUUGCCAAGUUGGUUUAUUAAAGGCCAUUACUCCAGCUACAUGCACAGCUCAAGCAAGCAAUAAAUUGAAAGAUUUGCAAUUUCAUUUUUCCUGAUUUAGAAAAGACUAUAAAUUUAGACCAUGGGAUUCUCAAAGCAGUGAUUCUCAUUUUGUUGCAGGCAGUUUGAACUAUAGUAAACUUAAAACAAUUCCUAAUUUAAAUUUCUAAGAUUUUUUUUUGGCUGCUGAUUUAAUUAAUUCUGGUUUGAUGCACAAAGAGCUGUCCCUACAACUCAUGGCAUGCUCAGAAUAAGCAUUACCUGACCCUACUACUCCAAGGGCAUGGGUCAGAUGCUCUUGGUAUUAAGUCCCUCUCACACAAGCAUCAAAUCGAAUAAGAAGCAUAAAGGUUGAUAUUGAAGAACCAGUGAGGAGGUGCAAAGGUUAGAUCACAAGAUUGAUUUGCAUGGUGAGGUAGGCAGCUCUAAUGUUUCUGUAGAUCUGUAAAAUGUACACUGAUGUCAAACUCUACAUUUAUCAAGAUUUAGCUUACUGCAUUCUGGUAUGAUUUUAAAAGGCUUCAGCGUUAACAGACAUUUAACAAGUUUUCUCUAUUAUGUUAAGCAAAACGCACGCAUUUGAGAUUCUGCUUUUUCCACCUUACAAAGCUAAGUUUUAUCUGUCAGAUCUGAAGGCUUUUUAGGAAAUGUGCUGCAGAGAAUUUCUCGGCUGCAGUUCAUCUUGUGUAUCUAACUCUUAAGUCUUUUCUAAAGAGGUUGGAAGGAAAAUAAUUUUUUUCAAGGUACUGUGCCAAGAAAUAGCCCAGUAUCUGUUGAAAGGGAUGAAUCAAAAGGCCACCUCUCUUCCACUUUCAAUUUCUGUAAUUAAAAAAACAUGAACACCCAAAAAAAAUACAUGCUGAAAUUCCUCUCUCCCCAUUUCCUACUUUAUCUUGACUGUUAGGGGUAUGGUACUGAAUUCAUGUGUGUGGUGUCUUUCGUCCACAUACGUGGGAAUUUUUAUUUAGUCAUAAUACAAAAAACAGUUAGGUAGAUAUGCACACUCAGACUUUCCAGAUGUCCCAUGAGUAUAAUGUGUAAUGAAUUGUUUAUCGCCUCAAACAUGGCUGGACCUAUUCCUUCUGCCACAAACAGAUGGUUUCCACCCAGUAAAAAAUGUGUCACAACACAUAAUGAUUGCGAGAUGUGCAAAUGCAAAAUAGGUGCACCUUAGAUAAAUUUUGUAUCAGACGAUAAACUACUUUCUGAAUACCAUAGAGAAUGCAUGAAAACCUACUACAAGGACUAUUAUAGCUUUAACCUGUUCUUCCAGAGAAAGACAUGAGUAUAGUUACUGUCAGUGCCAGGUGAGUCAUUGGCCCACUGUUCACUGCAGUGUAUUUUACCUUGUCAUACCAAAACCCCUAAUGUUGGCAUGAAAGCUUAAUUUUUUCACUAUUUUAAAUCUCUGAGUCAAUCGAGGGAACAGUACAGUUCACUCUUAGUCAGAGCAAUAAAUAUUUUUGGUUUUUUGGCAUUUGUAAUUGUUUCCUGUUAGCUUGUGUCACUUCUCCAAAGAAUUGAAUACAAAUGAAAUAUAAAUCUUGUUUCAUUUUUCUGUUUUUUGACAUUCUGGAAAUGCAUAGUUCUUUGGAGUGCUAAUACCUCUCACAGGAGAGGUAAAAUAUUAGAGCAUUUUAAAUCAGGCUUUACUGCUGGAUAUUUAGAUUCCAGACUGAACAAGCUAAAUGCCUAAGUAAGCUGAAAGAAGUGUGCCUUAGACAACACAAGGGAUUAAGCCUAAUACAUAAAUUCCAUUCAACACAUGAAUGCCAACAUUUGAUUCCUGUACUGUUUUUCCCAUAAAUUUUUUUCUUAGGAAUGCAUUUGUAUUUUCAUUGACGAGUAAGUUAUUUAAUAGCUUUCCAAUAGAGGGAAUUUUGUUUCCUGAAAGCGAUAGAAUCCAUUGCAGCAACUUUUAAAACGGUGCAUAUUCUCUAGAUGUAUUCACAAAGUAGUUUGACUGCCUUUUGCAUAUAUUUCUUGUGUCCAGCAGUACUCUGCACAUUUAGAGAGAAAACGUUUCCUCUGCUGCUAACUUGCAAAUGCAGGGUCUCAGCUGCCAGAGAGUGAAUGGUUCUGUGCUUGGGGGCAAGAAGGAUCGGCUUGGUUGCUUGAAUGUGGUGCUAAUGACACCAAGGUCCUAGGUUCAAUCCCUGGUUGGACUAGAUGGUCUCUUGAGGUCCCUUCCAGCCUUACCUUUCUGUGAAAUUCUGGGAACCUGUACUGGAUCUUUAUCCUCUUCAUAUUGUGUAGGAUAGUUCUGUUAAGGGAGGGGAGGAGAAACCCUACCGAAUAGGAGACUUUGGAGAAGGGACAGACAGACUUGCCCUUUCACACACAGAGAGAAGGAGCCGGGGUGGCUGUUUCAGCUGUGCUAGGUCAGCAUUGGGGCAGGUCGUGGUCUGUUGGGAUGCAUACAUGCACGCACAGCUUCCAUUGAUAUCCAAGGUGCUACUUUCUCAUUGAGGAGCUUAAGCUUCCUGCAGGUAUUGUAUGGAGUGUCAGUUCCCUGCAACAAACACGUCUUUUUCCUUAUCACGUGGUUAAAAAGCAUCAUAUUCCCAGUGGCUUGGCUUUCUCACUAUGGUUUGACUUGGGUUGUCUGACUGGCAGAUGAAAUGGUUGAGUCUCUCAUACUGAGAGAUUAGUUUGACUAGGUCUUUUAAUAUGGUUCUGGGUUCAUGUGUAUCUUGAGUCUAGAAGGUGUGAAUUACAGCUUUUUAAAAUAAAAAGUAAUAGCUGCCAGUGCAGUAAAAAUAUAUUUUAUAAAACUAUAAUCCUUGUGUUCCUCACAGGAUAAAUAUUAUCGUUUUUAAGAUGUGGUUUUAAGUUCUUUUAUGAGGGCUUCGAUCACUACUUGGUUGCUUGUUUUCCAGUCCAGCCCCAGGACAUUAGAGCAUAAGACUAUUGCCAGCCUCUUUUUAGGACACAUCCUGAAUGUCCUGUAGCGUCUUACAUGCAUUGGGAGAGCUGUGGCUUUGUGCAACCUGUGUAGAUUUGCUUAGGAGCAACCUCUGGUCCUAGGUCUGUGGCAGGCAGCAGAAAGUGCUAUUCUCACCCCAUCAGCAUAAAGAAUAUCAAACUCCAUUCAAAUAACUUCACUUUGUAUUUUUCUUACAAAGGAAAUCCCAGUUUUGGAGGAUUCUCAGCUCGUUAUAGGCAUAGUCAGCUCCAUAGCAUCUUAUUCACAAAGAAGAUGAUCAAAGUCAGGCUGUGCAUCAGCCACAUCACACAUCACCAGCAAAUAGAGUUGGUGCAGAAUUUCCAUAGGGACUAUACCAUAAAACAAAUGUGAAUUUUUGUAAUGCAAUGAUAAUUGUUCAAAUGAAGCUCUGGGUUUUUGUUAACUCAGUAUGUGUUACCACAGUAAUUCAGUACCCCACAGGGCUCACGUGCAGAUCUGAUUACACUAAAGAGAAAAUUGAAUCAGUUUCUGGUGCUGCCAGCCUGUGUGGACACUGUAACCAGUCUUCCUGAGGGUUGCUAAAAUCCCCAGAGGAGUGAUUUUUGACUGACCAUUUUGUUUCACUGAUGCAUGCUGUUGAUAUUCUGACUAUAGCCCUGGCUACAAAAAAGUCCUGGGUGGCUUCUUUACCCUCCUUUUGCAGUGCCUUGACUCUGGGCACUGGCCUUUGGUGGAACUCUUGAAAGGGGAGAGGGUAAAAGAUGGAGGAAAAAUGUGAAUUAAAUUAUCGUUGGGCUUCUUUGUGCAUUUUAGUAACAGUGCAACCCCCUUAACUGUGCCAGUCUCCAGUCACCAGCCGUAUAUCCAGUUGUCAUCUCAUACACAGUACAGCUUCUCUUGUUGAUGCUGGCCACAGCUAGAUUACUUGGCAUGUUUAUUGACUUAACAGAAUUGUUUUUUGGUUUUGGUUUUUAAUGUAUACGAUGUUUAAAUACACUUCACAUUUUAUAUAAUACUAUCUGGCUAUUAGUAUUUUUCAGGAACCAUAGUUCUUGGUGGCUAUAUAUAUUUUUGUGAUCUUUUUUGUAAACUAAGUGCCGUUUCAACGUUACAAUCAUUUUUAGAGUUAUUGUAAUCAAUGUGAAUAUCAUGUUUUUUCAAAUCUGUUCUGAGCCUGUAGUGUUUGCUUUGUGAUCAUAUGUGUAAUGUAUAUAUUCUGUAUAGUUAUAUUGUACUGAAAUACUAGCUUGUUUGAUAUAAGAAAAGUAUGUAUUGGGUACCUUUUUGCUAGCCUGGUUGUUUAAUCUUUAAAAAAAAACUGUUUUAAAAUACAAAAAAAUCUCCAAAUUGGUCACGUUAUAGGUCAAAAAUAAGUGGGGAGAAAAACUAGUUUUGAGUGUCUUUGGAUAGAAACAUAAAGCUAAGAUUUUUCAUUAAAAUAUUAAUGUUUUAUGGAGUA